AUGUCGAUUACUCCCCCCAGGACUCGCAUCUGGGCGAGCAGAAUCAACAGCAACACGGCUACGAGCCUCACCAUCACCGAGCGUCUCUUCACCACUCGACCGCACCGACGCUUGAGCCUAUCGAGCAUCAUCCACACCACCAGCAACAUCAAGCAAUGUCACACCAUCAUGCCGCCGCUGCUGCGGCAGCCGCCGCCGCCGCUGCUGUUCACCACUCCCACCAGGUACUCGUGGACCCGGGCCAGAUGGGCACACACCAUGCAGUACCUCGGCAUCUUGGCCACCACCCGGGACAAUCCCAUUAUGGAACGCCAGGACCACCACAUGCCGCUAUGGCACCGCUCUAUCGACCCCUAA